AGCUGCAGUGUGAAACAUGGCUCUGUUCUUCAGAGGCGCGGUCACCAGUUCACCUAUAAAAAGUAAAGACCCGUCCCCAGAUCAGUCCUUCUCCAGUUUGGACAUUUCCUUCCUCUCUGACUCCUCCUACGAGUGUUGUUCGACCAAUCCACUGACAGGCUCAGUAUGUGUGUGCCGGCGCAGUCCCCGCCUCCUUGCCAACGGUUACUAUGUGCUGACGGAGGACAGCAUCACAACAGACAACCAGGGAAACGUCACGCUCACGGCUGACAAGACAAACAUCUCCUACAAAGAGAACAUUGUCCGGAUAUUUCGUCGCAGACGAAAGGGAAAGAGAUCACUGGCUAGCCUCCUCUGCGACGUCAGCCAAUCAUGUCAGUCAUGGCUGGAAGGGAGUGUCUUUGGAAGACAAGACUCCGCCCCCUCCAGGGAGACAUCGGCGUGGCUGAAUCUGACCCAUGUGCCUGAGAGUGAAGCCACCUUUAGCUUCAGCUAUGAUUAUACAGAGAGAGAGGUUCCACAUGACAAAAUGGCUGCCAUGACUCAAAUAGAGGAGUCUUACUCAGAGGCUUGUCUCUCCCACGAGCAGUUCAGCCAAUCUUUGGGAGGCCUCUUGGAUGUCCCGCCUCCUUCUAUCUGUCUCCACAACAGCUACACCCCACCCACAGACACACCCCCAGACGGAGUGCUGGUGAAAGCCUUCCUCCUCUUCAUCCUCACUCUGUGUCUGUGCACUGCCAUUUUCUCCAGGUGGCUGAUGGGAGGGGUUGCCAUGGCAAUGGCCCUUGUUUUUGUUGUGUCAUCAUUACGUGCGACUAAGGCAGGUACGACAGUGAGGUGGAGCAAAGCCAAAACUGAGGAUAUCACCUCCAGGAACGAAUAGAGAGCACAAGUGUAAUGAGGUCAUCACCCGCCAGGAUCUGAGUGUGUGUGUGUGUGUGUGUGAGAG